AUGCCACGACGGCAGUUGAGUGUUGAAAUCCCCAACAUCGAUUUCAUCGCUGACGCUGCCGUCGAAGAGCCACUUGCUGCCGAGGAAUCGCGACUGCUCGACGACGCCGGCCUGGGGGUUACCGAUGUCGUCGUCCCAGCGUGCGAGGGGUUGGCGAACGACGACGACGAUGACGACGAGAUGUGGGACAUUGACAUCUGUCGUUCUAUGAGCCGACCACGACGGGACCACGACCAUACCACCGCAUCCACUGACCCGCUUGCUCGGCCCUACGUGCAACCUGACUCGGACCUAUUCUUGCUCGGCAUGCAUCUUCCCACGGCGCUUCCCCCUGGUCUCGCUGCUCCGAGGCCAUGCAGGGAUGCGGCGCGUGUAUCGCUGAGCUGUACAUUACCCAAUGCUGACGUGGCGACGUCUGAGGCUUCGGCUCAGCUAAAGCUGUUGGAAGUGAAACUUCAGGUGCUAGAGGCGCAGCACCGAGUCGCAGCAAUGCGCUGCGAACGUGAGCUAGUCGGGGGUAGCAAGAUGAUGGCGGCCGACUCGAGUUCCACCGGCAGUACGAGCCCCACUCCCGCAGCAUCCAGAUCUCACUCCGCUUCCAGGUCCGAUUCCCCGAUUCGUUCGGGCUCGCGGCGCCGCAUAAGCAGCGUCAGGAGUCUUUCCGCUUUCGGCGGCGGCACUGGAAGCGCCGUCAGUCAGGUGACUGGUAAGGCGGCUUCUACCACCUUGUCAGAUUCCGCCCUUUCAAUGUCGCAGCCUGCAUGCGUAUCUGCGCGGUUUGGCGAGAGCAGCUAUGCGGACGACAGCGACGGAGAUGAGGAGUCGCCGCCAUCGCUGGCGCAAUGCGUAUCGGCUGGAAGUGGCGGCAGACGCCGGCGUGCGGGCAGCCACGACGAGCGGGCGCCAGAAGGGUUAAGCGCCGUACUCUCAAGGCGUCGCAAGAACACCCAGGAGCCCAGAGAAGCUGCCACAAUGAAGUUCAGCCCAAGAGUGAGCUCGUCCCGGCGCAAGUCGCGGAAGGCGCACUUCACGGCGUCGUCCAGCGAGCGCCGCAUUAUCAUGAGCUCCAGCCUUUCGUCCGAGCUGCGCAACAAGUACAACGUGCGGUCGGUGCCGAUCCGCAAGGACGACGAGGUGCAGGUGGUGCGCGGCACGUACAAGGGGCGCGAGGGCAAGGUGGUGCAGGUGUACCGCCGCAAGUGGGUCAUCCACAUCGAGCGCAUCACGCGCGAAAAGGUCAACGGGGCGACGGUGAACGUGGGAGUGCACCCGUCCAAGGUGGUGAUCACGAAGCUGAAGCUGGACAAGGAUCGCAAGGCGCUGCUGGACCGCAAGGCCAAGGGCCGUGCAGCCGACAAGGGCAAGGGCAAGUACACAGAGGAGACCGCGCAGCCCAUGCAAGACGUCGAUUAA